AUGGCAUCCCGCGAGUUUGCUGACAUCUUUCAAGGAAGAAAACUCAAUGAACGUCUCUUACACAAGUUGAAGAUAGCAUUGCUGUCCGUGAAUGCACUGGUUGAAGACGCGGAGGAAAAACAGCUUACGAAGCCUGCUGUGAAAGAGUGGCUGGAGGAGUCGAAAGAUGCUGUCUAUGAGGCUGAAGACGUCUUGGAUGAGAUAGCCACCGAAGCCUUGAAACGUAAGUUGGAUGCUGAAUUUCAAACCACUUCAAGUCAUAGAGCCAAAGAUAGCAGAGCUACUUGGCAGACUAGAAUAUCUAGCAACGCAAAAAGAUGUUCUAGGUCUAAAAGAAGGUGUUGGAGGAGAAUCAUCAAAAAGAUUCCCCACGACUUCUUUGGUAGAAGAAUCUGGUAUUUUUGGUAG